AAAAUUAUGUCUCAAGAGGCUAAGUCUGAACCAGUCGAGAUCAAAGUCACUGACAAAAAAGCAGGCAUCACAGGUGACGAUGAAGGGAAGCCGAACAUGCCCAUAACAAUGACUCUUGAAGAAGAAUUUGUAGGAGAAGUUGUCGAAGAAGUCCAGCCAAAGGAAGAGACUAAGCAAGAUGAUGACACUAAGGAUGGCAAAGAACAGCCUAAGGAAGAAAAGUCAGUGGAUGAAGGGAAAGAGAAGACUGAAGGUCAAGAGAAGCAAGAGGAGAAGGACAAAUCUGAAAAGCCUAAAGGUGAAGAAAGUCAAGCGAAGGAAGAAACUAGUGAGAAGAAGGAAGGUGGCCAAGAAGGUAAAGAGACCGUUAAGAAAGAGGGAGGUGAUGGGAAGAAGGAAAAAGAUAGUGAGAAGAAGGAAGAAAUAAAUGAACAGAAGGAAGAAGAUAAUGUAAAGAAGGAAGAAGGUGAUGAAAAGAAGGGACAAGAUAAUGAAAAGAAGGGAGAAGAUAAUGAAAAGAAGGAAGAAGAUAAUGAAAAGAAAGCAGAGGAUAGUGAACAGAAGAAAGAAGCAAACGAACUGAAGAAAGAAGAUGAUGAAAAGAAGGGAGAAGAGAAGAAAGAAACAGAAGAAAAAGAGGCCAAAGGAACAGAAGAAAAAGAGCCGAAAGAAGACAGUAAAGUUGAAAUUAAGGUUGAGGAAGAAAUUGUAGAGAAGAAGGAAGCAGAAGUUGACCUAAAUGAGUUCUUCGGGAUAAGGAACUGCCUUAAUGUUGAUCUGAUAUCUGAGAAUCUUGAGGAUAUCAGCAGAACACCAGAUGGCAUGAGCUGUGUUUAUACAACACUUGAUCUAAGAAAAUUAAAAUUAGAGAAUCUUGGAAAUGCUCUGCUGCUAUUUAAACAUCUCAGAUAUAUCAGAAUGGGGAAUAACAAAAUUCCAGAUAUUUCUUGUAUUGCGAGCCUUCCUCGCUUAUGAUCGUUGGAUGCCACUAAAAAUGAAAUUCAAAAUAUUGAUUUUCUUGGAGAAAAGAAUGAUAAUCUACAAUUCCUGAAAGAGCUUAAAUUAUCUAAGAAUAAGAUAGAAAGACUUCCUCAUAUAAAUCCUCCUUUCAUUGAGACGUUACUAUUGAAUGGAAACUUAAUCUCUGACUGCUCUUCUUUCACCGGUCAUAAUUGCAUCAAAGCAUUGGAACUAAGAAAUAACCAGUUAAAGAAUUGUGAGGGGUUGCAUAAGAUGCCUAACCUUGAAAAUUUAUACUUGGCUGACAACAAGAUAGAAUCUCUCUCUGGACUGAAAGAGCUCCCUAAAUUAAAGAGACUACAUGCUCGUAAGAACGAGAUUGCAUCCUUGGUUGGAUGUCCUGAUCUUCCAAGUCUUGAGUAUCUCAACCUUAGGGAAAACAAGGUUGAAAAGCUUGAAGAGGUCAAGCAUCUUGUGGUGCUUAACAACCUCAGCAGCUUAAAUCUCCUUGGAACUCCCCUCGAAGAAGGAGUUGAAGGAGAUUUCAAAAAGGAAGUGAUCAUCCUUCUUGAGAAACUCUCCAUUAAAAGGUUCAAUAAAGAUGAAGUCACUGAUGAAGACAGGCAAGAAGCAAUGGAUUUGAAGAAUGAAAGAAUCCAACAAGAAGAGGAAAGAAGAAGAGAGGAAGAAGAGGCUAAAAGAGAAGCUGAGCGUGAAGCUCAAGAAAAUGCUGAGAAUCAAGAGUAAUUUUCAAUCUUGAAUUGUUAUCUGCUAUUUUCUAAUUU